UUGCAAUAAAAAUAUGUGUUAAUAUAGUUGAGUUUUCAAUACCUGCCAUACAGGACCAUGUUUAGCCUCAACUUUGAUUUUUUUAAAUUGUUCAACAAAUCUAAAUCAUAAAUUCUUAGCAAUGGAACUAUACUUAGGUGGGCGUACAACUAUUGUGCCUUGUUAGAAUACAAUUUUUAAUUAUUAUUCAAUUUUGUAAGAGUUUUUGUUUAAAGAAAUCAAUCAUUUCCCCUAAUUGGUAUACUUAUAAAGUUAUUCAAUUAAUUUUUAAUACGUACAAAUUGACAGCUUAAACUGAGUUAAUAAUAUAAAAUAAAUGGUAAAAUGGUAAAAUAAAUAAGUUUCAAGACUUUCAUUGUGAGUUACACUUAUUAAGAUAUAACAAAUAUACGAGUCCAAUAUAAUAUAACUUACUAAUUAAGUAUUAUAGUAAUAUUAUUGGGUCGAGUUCAAACUCUCGGAAUCAAUGCAUUUUAAUACCUGUUGAAAUAAUUUACACACAAUUAUAGGAAAAACCUUACGUGAUGAUCAAAGAAGACAAAAACCUAACGGGAAAUUCAAAAUACGAAGGAUUUUGUAUUGAUUUACUACACAGAAUAGCAUCACAAGUCGGAUUUCACUACGCAAUCACAUUAGUACCUGAUAACAAGUAUGGAGCGUACGAUCCAACCACGAAGCAAUGGAAUGGUAUAGUCAGAGAACUCAUGGACAAGAAAGCAGACUUAGCCAUGGGUUCGAUGACUAUCAACUAUGCUCGUGAAAGUGUUGUUGACUUCACAAAGCCAUUUAUGAACAUGGGAAUAGGCAUAUUAUUCAAGGUCCCGAGUAAUGAACCAUCCAAAUUGUUCGCUUUCUUAAAUCCCUUGGCGACCAGUGUCUGGAGCUUUAUGUUUCUCGCCUAUAUGGCCGUGAGUUUUUCGCUGUUUUUUCUGGCCAGAUUCUCCCCGUACGAAUGGCGGCCACACACUGAAGAGAAUUACCGUGAGGGUCGUUUCACCAUAUCGAAUUGCUUUUGGUUUGUCGCUGGUGUGUCGUUGAAACAGGAUGCAGGAAUCACUCCAAAGGCAACUUCAGCUAGAAUUCUAGGAGGUAUAUGGUGGUUCUUCACGAUCAUAAUAAUACCAUCUUACACCGCUAACUUGACAGCAUUGAGAACAGUCGAGCGGCUACAAAAACCCAUACAAAAUGUAGCGGAAUUGUCGUCUCAAGAAAAAAUAACAUAUGGGACCCUUGAAGGGGGAUCGACCAUGUCAUUUUUUAGGGACUCCAAAAUACCAAUAUACCAAAAGAUGUGGAAGUUUAUGGAGAAACAUCAAUCGGUAUUUGUAUCUACUUACGACGAAGGCACGAAAAAAGUACUAGGGGGGAAUUAUGCAUUUUUAAUGGAAUCAACAAUGAUAGACUAUGCAGUACAGAGAGAUUGCAAUCUAACUCAAAUCAGCGGCCUUCUGGAUUCUAAAGGUUACGGAAUAGCAACUCCUAAGGGUUCAGUCUGGAGAGACAAACUAUCAUUAGCCGUACUAGAACUCCAAGAAAAGGGAGUCAUUCAAAUGUUAUAUGAUAAAUGGUGGAAAAAUGCAGCCGAUAUAUGUAUCAAAGAUGAAAAAGUUAAAGAAUUUAAACCAAAGCCUCUGGACCUUAACGAUUUAGGUGGAGUGUUUGUAUUUGUCUUGUGUGGGCUAACUGUAGCUGUUAUCAUAGCAAUAUUGGAAUUCUGCUGGUAUUCCAAGAAAAAGUCAACAGAUCAACAACUACCUGUUUGUACGGAAAUGGCAGAAGAACUAAGAUACGCAAUAAGGUGUGAUGGUACUAAACACAAAGCAACGUUGAAGCGAACGUGUAAUGGCUGCUCACCUAUCACUACAUACGUACCAGCUCCGAUACAUAUAAAUCACGUUACCAGUCAAAUUGACAAUGUUCCUAUGGUUGAACUAACGAGGCCUUCAAUCAGCGUCGACCACGAAGACAAAUAACAUUUACCUUCCGAUUCGCCACCGUUACAUCCAGCGAGUCGGAGUCCGUUCAAAAAUGUCCAAUUUCGAUUUCAUUGAAUCUCAAAACCCAUUAAGAGACAAAAUAAACUGCCUAUAAAUUAAGCUCUACCUAUGUUUUGAAUCCACCAUAAACGGAUAGUUACUAGUUUUAAAUAAAACAUGUAUAUAAAUUGUUAUUCGGUACAUUUUAUUUUAUAUAUUUAUGUGAAUUAAA